ACUUCCUCUUCCUCUUGGGGCAGGUGUAGCUGCCACAGCGGGACCAACACCCUGACCCUGUCAUGGAUGGGGGCAAGGGGCCCAGACUCAGAGACUUCCUGAGUGGGAGCCUGGCCACCUGGGCGCUGGGACUGGCCGGCCUAGUGGGAGAGGCGGAGGAGCCGGAGGAGGAAGAGGAGGAGGAAGGAGAGGGGCCCCUUGGCCCGGAGAAGAGGUUCCUGCAUCUCAUCGAUGGGGCCCUGCUGCUCCGCGUGCUGGGCAUCGUAGUUCCCAGUUCCCGAGGAGGACUUCAGAGGGUCAGCGGCCCUGAUGGCCCCGCAGCCUGGCGAGUGCGGAACCUGAACCACCUGUGGGGCCGCCUGAGGGACUUCUACCAGGAGGAGCUGCAGCUGCUGGUCCUGUCGCCACCCCCAGACCUCCAGACGUUGGCUUUUGACCCCUUCUCAGAGGAGGCAGUGGAGGAGUUGGAAGGCAUCCUUCGGCUGUUGCUGGGGGCGUCAGUGCAGUGCGAGCACCGGGAACUCUUCAUCCGACACAUCCAGGGCCUCAGCCUCGAGGUCCAGAGUGACUUGGCUGCUGCUAUCCAGGAGGUGACCCAGCCUGGGGCAGGCGUGGUGCUGGCACUGGCUGGGCGAGAGCCUGGGGAGCUGGAGCCUCAGGAGCUGGAGAUGCUGUUCCGGAGUCUGAUGGGGACCUUGUUAAGGCUGGCGCGGGAGCGCGACGUGGGGGCCCAGCGCCUGGCCGAACUGUUGCUGGAGAGACAGCCGGCCCCCUUGCUGCCGGAGGCUCCUGCUAGGACUCCUCCAGAGGGUCCCUCACACCACCUGGCCCUGCAGCUGGCCAACACCAAGGCCCAGCUGCGGCGCCUGCGGCAGGAGCUGGAGGAGAAGGCCGAGCUGCUGCUAGACUCCCAGGCGGAGGUGCAGGGCUUGGAGGCCGAAAUCCGAAGGCUCCGCCAGGAGGCCCAGGCGCUGUCGGGACAGGCCAAGCGGGCCGAGCUGUACCGCGAGGAGGUAGAGGCGCUGCGGGAGCGCGCCGGCCGCCUGCCCCGCCUGCAGGAGGAGCUGCGACGCUGCCGCGAGCGGCUGCAGGCGGCCGAGGCCUGCAAAAGCCAGCUGGAGGAGGAACGGGUGCUCUCGGGGGCUCUGGAAGCCUCGAAGGCGCUCCUGGAGGAGCAGCUGGAGGCCGCUCAAGAGCGUUGCGCUCGGCUGCAUGAGACCCAGCGUGAGAACCUGUUGCUGCGGACUCGUUUGGGCGAGGCCCACGCGGAGCUGGACUCUGUGCGGCAUCAGGUGGACCAGCUGACCGAGGAGAAUGUGGAGCUGGAGCUGGAGCUUCAGCGGAGCCUGGAGCCACCCCUGGGCUCUCCUGGGGAGGCACCCCCGCCCGGAGCAACUCCUUCACUUCACGAUGAAGUGAGAGAGGCAGAGGCCCGGCGGCUGCGGACCCUGGAGAGGGAGAACCAGGAGCUUCGGGGCUUGCUACAGGUGCUACAGGGGCAGCCUGGAGGCCAGCACCCCCUGCUGGAGGAGCAGAGCGAGGACUCCUUGGUUCCAGAGCUGGAUGUGGCUCCCCAGACUUGCCUGACCUCAGACCGUGGCCCCCAGGGUUUGGCUGGCCAGGUGGGGGAUGGAGGCACCCAGGCCUUGGACCUGGCUUCCCCCGUGUCAGACUCGGCCCUUGCGAGAUCACCUGUGCGUCCCCAGGCAUCUGACUCAGGCCCACAGGUGAUAGAGAGGCCCCUCCAGACGGCUGCCAUGACCCCUCGGACCUCAGACUUGACCCUCCAGGAAUCAGGUUCUGCUGUAGCAGCACAGGAGUCCCUGGAGAAGGCUGGCCAUGGAGCCCUUCUCCAGACUCCCACCUCCGCGGUCCCAUCUCAAGAUCCAGAGACUGAAAUUCAGGCUGAGCCGUCGGGAGGAGACACUGGAGAGUCAGGGCCCGAAGCCCAGGUGCGGAGACAGGAGGGCCCUGCGAGCAAGCCUGCAGCCUCGGAGCUUAGCCUCUGUGCUCAAAUGGAGGGGCAGGAGACCCCAGGCCAAGGGCUGGACCUACUCAAGGGGCAGACAGAGGGCAGGGAACAUGCACAGAAGCUGGAGGGGUUGGUUGGGGACCCAGCGCAGCAAAAUCCACAGCAGAAGUCGGAAGGGGCUUCGGAGGCCCAGACCUGGGAGGGGCCGAUCCCAGGGGAGAUCCCGGCUGGUGGUGUCCCGGAGCAGGAGGCCCUGAGGGAGGAGGUGGCCCAGUUGAAGAGGGAGGCCGAGGCACUGGGAGCGGAGCUAGAGGCCCAGGCCCGGCGGCUGGAGGCCCGAGCCACGGAGGCCGCCCGGCUCUCCGAGGAGCUGGCUCAGGCGCGGAAGGCAGAGGCUGAGGCCCAGCAGGAAGUGGAGGCCCGGGCCGGGGAGCAGGCUCGCCUGCGGGAGGCAGUGGAGGCAGCCGGCCGGGAGCUGGAGGCUGCGGCGCGUGAACGGGAGGCGCUGGCAGAGGCCCUGGCGACAUCGGGCCGAGAGCGGAGGCAGUGGGAGCGCGAGGGGCCCAGACUGAGGGCCCGGGCCGAGGCCGCCGAGGAGCGGCUUCAAGUGCUGGAGAGCGAGGGCCGUCAGCGCCUGCAGGAGGCCGAGAGGGAGAGGCAGGCCCUCAAGGAGGAGCUAGAGAAGGCCUGGUUGAGGGGCCAGGAGCUGGGGGCCCGGCUGGAACACCUGCAGAGUGAGCUCGAACAGGCGGGUCUGGAGCGACAGGCGUUUCUGCGGGAACAGGAGAUCCGGCAACAGAGGUACCAGGGCCUGGAGCAGCGGCUGGAGGCUGAGCUGCAGGCGGCGGCCACCAGCAAGGAGGAGGCGCUGAGGGAACUCAAGAUGAGGGCCCUGCAGCUGGAACAGGAGCUGGUCCAGCUCCGCCAGGACUCCAUGGGACGGGGGCCGGAGGGGCACGAUGAGCUGAGGAUCCCGGGGGCCCAGAGCGGGCGGCUCAUCGAGAUGGAACGCAACAAUGCAACGCUGGUGGCCGAGAAGGUGGCUUUGCAGGGGCAGCUCCAGCACCUGGAGGGGCAGCUGGGCAACCUGCAGGGCCGGGCCCAGGAGCUCCUCCUGCAGAGUCAGCGGGCCCAGGAGCACAGCAGCCGCCUGCAGGCUGAAAAGUCUAUACUGGAGAGGCAGGGCCAGGAGCUGCAUAGGAAGCUGGGGGUGCUGGAGGAGGAGGUGCGGGCGGCGCGGCAGUCCCACGAGGAGACCCGGGGGCAGCAGCAGGCUUUGCUUCGGGACCACGAGGCCCUGGCUCAGCUGCAGCGGCGACAGGAGGCCGAGCUAGAGGGACUGCUGGCCCGGCACCGCGACCUCAAGGCUAACAUGCGGGCGCUGGAGCUGGCCCACCGGGAGCUGCAGGGCCGGCACGAGCAGCUGCAGGCCCAGAGGGCCAACGUGGAGGCGCAGGAGGUGGCCCUGCUGGCAGAGCGAGAACGCCUGAUGCAGGACGGGCAUCGGCAGCGGGGCCUGGAGGAGGAGCUGCGGAGGCUGCAGAGUGAGCACGACAGGGCUCAGAUGCUGCUGGCGGAGGUGUCCCGGGAGCGAGGCGAGCUGCAGGGUGAACGCGGGGAGCUGCGGAGCCGGCUGGCGCGGCUGGAACUGGAGCGAGCGCAGCUAGAGGUGCAGAGUCAGCGACUGCGGGAGUCGAACCAGCAGCUGGACCUGAGCGCCUGCCGGCUGACCACGCAGUGCGAGCUGUUGACCGAGCUUCGGAGCGCCCAGGAAGAGGAGAACCGGCAGCUGCUGGCCGAGGUGCAGGCGCUGAGCCGGGAGAACCGGGAGCUCCUGGAGCGCAGCCUGGAGAGCCGCGACCACCUACACCGAGAGCAGCGGGAGUACCUGGACCAGCUCAACGCCUUGCGCCGUGAGAAACAGAAGCUGGUGGAGAAGAUCAUGGACCAGUACCGGGUGCUGGAGCCUGGGCCCCUGCCCCGGAUCAAGAAGGGCAGCUGGUUGGCAGACAAGGGUCCCUUUCACCGGCGCCCAUGCGCAGAGCCCAGAGCUCCCUCUGCCUGCGGGACGAGACCCUGGCAGGGGGGCAGCGGCGGAAACUCAGCUCACGGUUCCCCGUGGGGCGAAGCUCUGAAUCAUUCAGCCCCGGGGACACGCCCAGGCAGCGUUUCCGACAGCGACAGCGCAGGCCAGGCCCCCUGGGGGCACCCAGCGCCCAUGGCAAAGGACCUGGCGUGGGAUGGGAUGGCUCCAUUGAGACCCUGUCAGAACACGAAGCAGAUGUCAACCGAGAGGGCCUCAAGGUGCCGGAGCCGGAGAAACGCCCUCUCACACCCUCCCUCAGCCAGUGACACCGCAGGGACCGGGGGCCUGAGAGCGCAGCCUUCUUACCGCUGGAGUCCCCGUGGGGGCCCCAGGCAGCCCCAGAAUGCAGGGAUCCGGGCUACCUGGAGCCAGUCCUUAGGGGCCCCUGGCUCCUCCGAGGCCCGCACCGGGGCCCCGAGAUGGGGCUGGGAUAAGCCUGUGGACAGAGGGGACGGCUGGUCCCCACGAGCCGCUCCUUCCCGGGGCCCCGGCUCUGCCACGCGGCCCUCGCUGAGGAGGCCAUCGGCGGGUGACCUCCACAGAUGAAGGAGACAGGCGGGAGUGGCCGAGAGAGCCCCCUGCCAGGUCCAGGCGGGGAGCCAAGGACCAUUCGCCGAGGACGGUGGCCUGGGCCGAUCUCUGAGCUGUAGCUGGGCCAUGGACAUGACAAUAAAGCUGGGAUACGACCACCUGA